GUCAUUGUAAGGAAGGAAUGUAUUAUCCAAACCGAACACAGAUCCGGAAAUUCCGUGAAAAUACGAAAAAUAACAACAUGAAAUGUUAAAUUUUUAUGUGGCCGCAUGGAUCGACCAAAAUCAAAAUAUUAAAGUGAGAAAUUAAUGAUAAAAUGUCACAUUAAAAACUAGUUUUUAUUUUGGUCGAGGACUGCGGCCCAUGUGAAAUCUUGAAAAAACGUUGCUUUUGUCGUCUGCUUCUCGUCAGGAAGGAGGGAAAUGGUGCAAAGAAAUGUACACGUACUGUAUAAGCCUUGCUACUCACAAGUACUUUAUUUUGGAGUAAAUCUAAACAGUACAGGAUGCCUGGCCAAGGUCCAAAGCAGUAUCCAUGUGUUCUAUGUAAUAAACGCACUAACGCAAAAGAAAGAAGGACAGUAAACAAACGUAUAAGUAGAACCCUGAAUAGAUGUUUCUUGAUAGAUAGGACGGGUGGGAAAGUCAUCUGCAACAAGUGCAGACAUAAAUGCUCAUCUAUGCAGAAGAAGUCAGCUACCUGUUCCACAGGAGUAAAUAUACAAGUUCCUUCUUCAGCUGCAGUGUCAAUGCCUAGCAGCCCAGUCAGCAAAAGAAGAGCAACAAACAUUCAAAGUCCACCAUCAGUUACUCUACCAAUUAACAGCACCGUCAAGAGUCAUGCCUAUUGCGUUCUAUGCAAGAAACCAGGGCCAAAGUUAAUAGUGGUAUCAGCGGAGGCUAGGUUUAAAGUCUUUUUGUCGCAUAACAUAUUAAUACCAAGUGGAGCCCGGUGUUGUCCUUCACAUUUCACAAAAGGAACACUCACGCACGAAUCAUUAGAGAUCAUACCAGGUACAAAAGAUCACUCGUUUGUAAACAGAUCAACUAUCAUGGAACUCCUACAACAACUAAGAGACGAAGCUAAUGUUAAGGGGAGAAAACGCCUAGACUUUGAUGACCCAGAGGCACUGAAUGAUGAUGACUACCAAACACUGACAGGUCUUAGUAAAGUGGACUUUGACGACAUUUUAACGUAUGCCAGAUCAACUGAUAUCAGACCAUCUAAAUCCAGAAGCAUCAGAACAUGUAUUGCUAUACUUCUUACCAAACUGAAGACCUCUUUGGAUAAUAAAAUGCUUGCUGUGAUGUUCAAUAUGUCUAAACCACAGAUUCGAAGAGCGGUAUCAACGGCAAGACAGGCUUUGUGCAACAGCUUUGUUCCACAGCACCUGGGAUUCCAACAUGUGACCAGAGAUUCCAUUAUCCAGAAGCACACAAGACCACUUGCAAAAGAACUUUUUACCCCCAGUUUUGCUGAUGAGAAAGCAAUAUUAGUACUUGAUGGUACAUAUAUCUAUGUACAGAAAAGUACAAAUUUUGCAUUCCAGCGGCGGUCGUUUAGCAUGCAGAAACAUCGACAUCUUCUUAAACCUAUGAUGAUUGUUUCCACUACUGGAUACAUCAUUGCAGCUAUUGGGCCCUAUUUGGCUGAUGGCAAGAACUCUGAUGCCAAGAUCCUGAACCAUAUUCUUGCAACAAAUGUUCAAGAGAUAAAGUCGUGGAUCAAGGAAGAUGACAUUCUGAUUGUAGACCGCGGUUUCAGGGACUCAGCUGGAGUAUUAUCUGAGCUUGGAAUCAACAUGGAAAUGCCGUCCUUCUUAAAGAAAGGUCAAAAGCAGCAUUCAACCGAAGAAGCAAAUAGUUCUCGACUUAUAACGAAGAUCCGAUGGGUAGCUGAGUCAGUGAAUGCACGAAUCAAAACAUGGAAAUACCUUGGAAAACAGCUCCCGAAUUCUCAAAUUCCAUAUAUUGGAGACUACGUCAGAAUAGUCAGCGCCAUUUGUAAUAAAUAUAGAUGUCCUAUUAGCACUGGGAAUGAAGAGAGUGAUCUUAACAUGGCUGCAAAAAUGCGAUAUUUGCUAUCAAAAAGCAAUCUCUUGCAACAGGAAGUUGAAUCCAAUGGACUGGAUAAAAAGUCUCACAGAUGGGUGAAGUUAGAUGAAGCAACAACAGAUCUAGAUGACUUCCCUGGGUUCACCGAAGACGAAGUUCGAGAACUAACCCUUGGAGUAUACCAAGUGAAACUGGCAAAGCAUUACUCUCAAGAACACACUAACCUAGAUGGGACAUAUGAAAUCUGGAUUGACAAACAACUACCGGGCCUUCUGGUUGCGAAGCUUCAGAGCAGGCACAUAUCAAGCAGCAAAUAUAAAUGCUGGAUACGAUAUUCAGAUGGCGCAGUAACAUCGUGGUACUGUCGAUGCAGGUCAGGUGCAAGAGUAGUAGGGGCCUGCGCCCAUAUAACAAGUGUCAUCUGGUAUUUGGCUUUUGCAAGACACGAACACGUGAGUUUACAAAUGAGCAAAAACUGGUUGGACUCAGUCGAAGAUGCAGCUCACAUCCCAGAGGCCAUUGAUGAGAGUGACAGUGAGACAGAGGUCACUGAGGAAUGAUUGAUGAAAGGAAAUGCUUGUUCUAAUAUGAAGAUAAUUUUAUGAAAAUGCAUUUCUUGAAGUAAAAAACAUGUAAUUUUUUUUUACUUUAUUUAGUAAACAUAAUUUUACACGUGUAAAAAAAAAACAAGCAAUGCAUUGUUUAAAAAUAUAUUAUGUUUUUUCUUCAUUCUCUGAAAACAAUGCAGAGGCUGUUUUUUUUCCUAUUGUUCAGUAACGUCAUAAUGACGUCAUAAUGCUAAAAUAAGACAAAAUGCUUAGUUUAUACAUCCCAACUUCCAGAGGCUGUAGCUACUUAACUAUAAAAGAUGGAUAAGAAAUGUUUAUAUAUUUAUAAAGUGCAUAUCCUGAUUAAUUUUAUUGUGUACUAUUUUUGAUUUUCGAACCAGGGCGGAAUUUUGCUACUAAUGUACCUAG